AUGUGCUCUGGAAUGGGAUGUAGGUUGAGGCUGGGGCAGUGACCAGCUGCCUGGCAAGUUAUGAAAAGAUGGAUCUCUAAGGGCACAGUGGCCUUUCUUCUCUAGCCUGAUACACUUUGUCGCAUCAAAGCUCAGCCACCACCGGGCCUUUGAAGAUGUGAGAAGAGAGAAGCACUUCUUUCCAGGAACAUCUGGGACACAUAGACAUAUCCGUAGGAGCAGCUGGGCAAGCGUAGGUAAAAAUAACCCUGUUAAGUGGCUGCUAAUCCUGCCCCAUGGAACUGCCUGGACUCCAGAGCCCUGACCUUUUGGGGCAGAGAAGAGAAGAGAAGAGAUGAGAGGGGGUGGCUUGGCCGCCUUCCCUAUUUGUGCGACUGGACUGAACCAGAUGGAAAGUGGCUGCUAUAAAAAGGCUCCAUGAGGAUCUCCACGUGGCAGGUCCCAAACAGACAGACAGACAGACAGCAAGUCAGUCAACAAAACACUCUGAAAGGAAGAAGCACAAGUGCCCCAGUGCCAUCGUGGCAGGCAUGAAGUUCGUCUCUGGUGACAUCGCAAAACGACUUGAAGAGAUGGUGUUGUUGACUUCUCAGAACCUGCCCCAGGUGGAGGUGGCUACGAGUUACACUGUCCUCCGAGAGCUUGGCAGUGGCUCCUAUGGGCAUGUGUUGAUGGCAGUCCACCAACGCCAAGGAACCCCCAUGGCACUGAAAUUUGUACGCAAGAAGGCUACAGAAUUGCUAGAUUUCGUGAAUGAAUACUGCAUUGCGCUGACUUUGGGGGCCCAUCCCUGCAUUGCCACUGCCCUUGGGAUUGCUUUCCAGACCCCCAAACACUACGUCUUUGCACAGGAGUUGGCUUUGGCCAGUGACCUCUUCUCGCUCAUGGUGCCGCAGGUUGGUGUGCCUGAGCAGCGGGUCAAGCGCUGCGCACUGCAGCUUGCCAGUGCCCUCGAAUACAUGGAAACAAAGGGGCUGGUGCACCGCGAUGUCAAGCCAGAGAACGUGCUGCUGUGUGACCCUGAGUGCCGCCGCAUCAAGCUGACUGACUUUGGGCUGAGCUGCCCGCGAGGCCGCGCCAUUGAGGCUUUGCCAGAGAGCCUGCCAUACACAGCCCCUGAGUUGAGUGCGUUGGGCCCGAAAGCUUGUUUGGAGGCCCAGCCCAGCCUUGACACGUGGUCCCUGGGAGUGCUGCUCUUCUGCGUGCUAACCGGCUACUUCCCCUGGCUCACAACUGUACCCACAGACCGGUACUACCGCAGCUUUGUCUGCUGGCAUCGCAGCCCCCGCUUUUCCCCGUGCCCACCCCAUUGGGGGCGUUUUACUCCCCAGGCAUUGGAGAUGCUGCGGGGACUGUUGAUGCCCGAUGCGGCUCAGCGUAGCCCAGCCAAGGAGGUGAUGAAUUAUAUCAAAGUGCCUUGGUUGCUCCCGGAGGCCCAGAGCUGGGUUCGGCCUAGCAGAGAUCUUCUUGGCACCACCAGGCGCUGCUAAUAAUCUAGGCCAUAUGUGUGAAGCAGGGAGGGGUGGCACCAAUCCCAAAUCUAGCCUUAGCCAUUGAAGGACCAAAGACGCCAUGCACAUCACCAAACCAAGACACCUCAUUGUUCCCGAGGACAAAGAGAAAGCACAGUCAAGCUGAGGAAACAGAAAAAAGAUGUACCCUCAGAAAACAGAGCAAACUGCCAGCAGGGCAGGGCAGGAGAAACUUUAGAGAAUCAUUCCUCUCCCACAUAUGUGAUUUCAUCUUAGGAGGGUCGCUCUCCAGUUCCAAUUCUGGAUCAGAGAUCCAAAAGACUUGAUUUCAGUCCCUCCUGGGUCAAUAACUGGCCACUUCAUUGAAUGGAAAGGAACCAAAUAGAGUUUCAUCUAAAAGGCAACGAAACCUUGGUGUCUGUCACUCACCCCGAAUUAGAUGAAAUGGGGGUGGGCUAAAAUUAUGUUUGGCUAGAUUGGGAAUGAGGGGCCAACAACAAUGGUCAGAUUUACGAGACUUCUGUAUGGUUGUCAAUCAUGGUGACCACAAAGUCUGCUGAUGUGACAGUGGACAUUGCUGAGCAGUUAAUGCUGCUCUUUGUGCUGUUUCCAGCCACCAUGGAUGGACUAUCUCUUGACAAGUCAUAUCCAAUGGAGAGAGAGAGUAAUGCAGAAGAGAUGUAAGGAGCAAUUUGAUCUUUGACUGGCAGAGUCACCAAGGAGAUGAUUUGGAGGUCUAGAAUUGAUGUUGCUGUGGGUCUAGCAAUGUUUUGCUGGAAGCCGCCCAGAGCGGCUGGGGCAACCCAGUCAGAUGGGUGGCAUAUAAUUAAAUAGCAGUAGUAGUAGUAGUAGUAUUGCCUUUCUAUAUGCUUGUUUAUAUGCUGCUAUAAUACCCAUUCAACUUGUACAUUUGUAAAUAAAGAGAUUAUAUUAUGAAAACAUUGUAAAUAGUCAGUGCUCUCAUUUUGCAAAGAAACACAUCCUGUAAUGCAGCCUGCAAUGGUGA